AAAACAUAAUUGUCUAUCAUCCAACCAAGCUAAAGGAUCAUAUCACCGGGCAAGGCCCGUGAUCCUAAAGUCUAAACUUAUCAUACAAUAGGAAAGGAAGAUACAGCAUUGGAGGAGCGAAGCCAAAGCAACAGGUUGAACGACGUCACUUGGCAGUGGCACUGUCACCGGUAACGGUGAAUCUCCGACCAAUGCCUGUCAAAUGGGUUUUGCACUGGCAACCAAAUGCUGGAACGACUGUUAACAGUCAAAUCCUCAACGAAGUCUCUCAGUGUGUUGAGAGCAUCAAUGGCGUCAAGGAAGGAAGGUGGAAAUCUACCCUCACCUAUUACAAACCUAUGCUUAGAGAACAAGCAACGGCGAGCGAAUUUCCUCGCGAUUUCCUGGGGAUUUCACUGCCUGAGCAGCCCAAUAAGUACUACUUUGUAAUUCGCGGCCAAAAGAUAGUUCUUGAGGCAGAACUGACAAUUCAGAUGAUAAUGGAGAAACUGCAAUCAUACAAAAUGAGGGUGGGACUUAAUUUCGAGGGAUUUCAAUAUCAGCUUGGCGACUUCCAGUUGAGAGUGGGGAAAGUCGCUCCUAUGCACUCUGAAAGCUUGAGGGGCAUUGUUAUGGAGAUGGAGUAUCUUCCCAUCUCGUCCUUGGAUAAAUCCCGGCAAAUCAUGGAGGAGUUCUCUGAUAUAUGGCAAGAAGCUCUGUCGAAAAGAUCCUUACCAGGUCAUUUUACGCAUAUAGAUACAAAUUUUUCUGAGUUUGGCCUUGCAGACCACUAUACUCCACAACAUACAGCUGUUCAGUAUGCUACUAUCAUGGCCCAACUAAUAGCAACAGCUCAGUCAGUGAGAAAUUAGUUGACAGCGGUUUUCAAUUCUCCUGCCAGCACUAAUCGAUAUUUGAGAUCAUAAACGGGUGGAAAGCAUGAAAUGGGAAUGCAGCUUGGUGAGAUGAACUUGAAUAUGAAUAUUAUAUGAUCAAACCAGCCCUACAUGAGUUCUUAUAUGAAUGAUA